CCCAGCAAAUUGACAGUGGCAGCCCUUUGACAUCUAACUUCGAUCCCCAUACUACAUCACGGCGGAUUGCCACGCAACGCUCGGAUAUUUAUUCCUAUCUCAGUGAAAAAUGCCGGUAUGCACAAAUGACUAUUGAUUGGAAAAUCAUUUGGUGAUAACAGAUAGGGCAUAUUAACGCCCUUAUCUUGUACUCAUGCUUGACCUAUUAUGAUAACGCUAAAAACAAUACUACCUAUCGUGCACCCAAGGGACUUGUCUCCAGUACAACAUGUCGAACCCAUUCAAGUUAGCAUUCUUGCUCUUGUCAUCGGCUGCAGUACUGCCCACGAGCGCCCACCAACACCAGCACCCUUUCCAAAGUCUACAACAAGACCCGGUGGACAUUAGCAAGGAGCCAUGGACAUCACGAUAUGGCGCUCAAGAAGACCUAGGCUACACUGGCCCUCUGAGCUUCUCGCACUUCCCCUAUACGCGCUGCCUGGAAGACCCAUCUCAGUUGUUCGAUAUCGCGAUCAUUGGCUUCCCGUUUGAUACGACCACCUCAUAUCGACCUGGAGCGCGAUUUGGCCCUUUUGCCAUUCGCUCAGGCUCCAGAAGACAGCGAGCUCGUGGAUAUACCUUGACGUGGGGGACGAGCCCGUACGACCUUGGAGCGGGGUUGCAUGAUUGUGGGGAUGUCCCUCUCUCGGCCUACGAUAAUGCAAAAGCUCUCGACCAGAUGGAAGCUGCGUACACUACUUUACUUUCGCGACCUGUCUUGGGCGGCACCAACGAGGCAUAUAAAUCCCAAGUGGCUGCUAUCUCAUUGGACGGAAAGGAACAUCCGCGGAUUGUGACCUUAGGCGGAGAUCACACAAUCGUUCUGCCGAUCUUGCGGUCCCUGAACAAAGUCUACGGUCCGGUAUCUGUAAUCCACUUCGAUGCUCAUCUCGAUACGUGGCCACCUAGCGGCACGACCGACCAAGAACGUAUAACUCAUGGCACCUUCUUCGCUGUUGCCGCUGAGGAAAAUCUCAUGUCCAACACCAGUAUCCACGCAGGCAUUCGGUGCAAAAUGGCUGGCAUUCAAGACGUAGAGCAUGACGACGCUGUUGGGUUCCAGGUCAUCAGCACCGACGAUAUUGACGACUAUGGUAUCAACAACAUCAUCAAAAAAAUAAGACAGAGGAUUGGCAAUAGCCCCGUUUACCUCAGUCUUGAUAUCGACGUCGUUGACCCAGCCUUGGCACCCGCAACUGGAACUCCCGAAACAGGCGGUUGGACGACUCGUGAAGUCAAGCGCAUCCUCCGUGGUCUAUCGGGGCUUAAUUUCGUAGGUGCUGAUAUUGUCGAGGUUGCUCCUGCGUAUGAUUCUGCCGAUGUUACUGGCAUCGCUGCGGCCGAUAUCGUGCAUGACUUCCUGACGAUGCUUCAACUUGCAGAACCACCUGUGCCCCACAAGGGUCCAUUUUCUUUUGAUGAUUUGAAGCACUUGUGAAAAAGAAAGGCAGGAGAACGAAUGUCAAUGAUUACGGUGUAAUCGGUACAAAUACCCUAGACUUUUUGGGAGUGAGGUGGUAGCGUAGUUCACCAUCCAGUCGGGUACCACGUCGGUUCCAGAAAUAAGAGAAUGAAAGGACUAUGU